AUGGAGGCGUUGCAUUACGAGCUGUGGGCUCGCUGCACCUCUUUUGUGGCCUCUGCCUGUGCUGACCGUGAUGCUUCGCACGGCCUUGGACACAUGCGCAAAGUGACGGAACAGGCAAUCUUACUGUACUUCAUGGACACCGCCGCCAGCGUGACGCCAGGGGAGAAGGCCGGAAUGCUCUACAGAAUUAUACUAGUGGGCAUGCUACAUGACGUGGCGGACCACAAGUACGACGCUAGUGGCGCUCUCCUGGAGCGAGUGAAGUCCUUUGUUGCUGCCGAGGCGGCAGCGCUGGUGACUCGCGCGGCCAACACGGAUCCGAGUCUCUUUUACGUUCCUCUGCCACGCACUGACACCAGCGGGGAAGAAGGGAGGGCGCGGAAGGUGUCGCAACUCCUGCUGACCUCACUGGAUGCCAUCUCCUACUCAAAGGAGGUGAAGUUGGGCAUGCGUUGGUUUCUGCCCGCGUUGAGUGACGGUGUGGAGGCGGCGGCGAAAAGCAGCAGCUGGGUGGCAGUCCGAGAUUACGUAAGUGACUCGGACAAACUGGAGGCCAUCGGUGAUGAAGGACUGCUGCGCUGCUACGAGUACACGUGCGCGCAGCAUCGUGCUGUGGCACUGGCGCAGCUUACGUCCAACAGCCUCCGUCCCUCCAAUGAGGCUGCUGCGUCGCAGGCGAUCUCGGUGGAACGGCAGCUUGAAGCAGUGCUGCUGCGCGAGGUGGUGGUGCACUUUCAUGAAAAACUGAAUCACUUGCUGCCGGUGUUCAUCGUGACGUCUUCUGGAAAGCACUUGGGUAUUCCACGUGCUGCCGAGAUGACUGCCCUUCUGGAGAAGUGGGAGCGCCAUGGUCCCCCUCCAGUCACGGCGUACUGGCGCAACGCCGCUACUGAGUGUGCACUAGCGUGA